GGUGGUACGAGCGCAGGCUCGAGAGCCUCGUGGUUUGCCCACCCAGACAGGAAGCGGGAGAGAUGGCCAGUAUGGAUGUGACAGCCGUACCCGGUGAAGCGAUCCUGGGCAUUUCGGGACCUGGUAACGGAGCCACAGAUCUGUUUUGACAAAACCUGUAAUACCCCAUAGAAAACAACCUCCCUGUUAUGGGAUCAGUGACCCCUUUGAACCAGUUCAGUCCUGUCUGCAUGAGUACUCCUGAGACUGAGAAAAAUUUACUAGGCAUCUGCCCUUUUAGAAGAGAGCAGAAAAUAAUGAAGUCCCAGGGGUUAGUAUCAUUCAAGGAUGUGGCUGUGGAUUUCACCCAGGAGGAGUGGCAGCAACUGGACCUGGCUCAGAGGACCCUGUACAAGGAUGUGAUGCUGGAGAACUUCAACCACCUGGUCUCAGUGGGGUAUCCAGUUUCCAAACCAGAUGUCAUAUCUAAGUUGGAAAAAGGAGAAGAUCCAUGGGUCAUAAAGAGAGACAUAUCAAAUUGGAUCUAUCCAGAUGAAAAUCAGGCACAUGGGAGACAAGACAGGAAAAGUAACCUUGACAACCCCCAAUCAUGUAUUUUGGGGUCUGUUUCCUUCCAUAAUAAGAUACUGAAAGGAGUAACAAAGGAUGGUUCAUUGUACUCCAUUUUAAAAGUCUGCCAAGAUGAUGGCCAGCUGCAGAGAUGUCAGGAAAACCAAGACAAACUUUUCAGGCAGGUAACAGUCAUCAACAACAAAACAGUGACUAUGGAGUCAGGCCAUAAGUAUAAUGCAUUGGAAAAAAUAUUUCAAGAAUGUAUAGAGCCAGAUACUUCAAGACAAAGACCCCAGAAUUGUGAUACAUUUAAAAAGAACUUGAAAUGUAAUACUGAACUACUUAGUUACAAUAAAAGAAGUUCAAGAAAAAACCCUGAUGAGAGUUCGGGGUGUGGAAAAUCUUCUAGCCAUGGUGCAUCCAAUUAUGAUCUUGAGAAAAAUCAUGAUGGAAUAAUACCCUGUGAUGAUGAUCAGUGUGGAAACAUUUUUAGCAAUAAAAAAUCCCUUAUUCAAUAUCAGAAUGUUGAAACUAAAGAGAAAACCUGUGUGUGUAUUACAUGUGGAAAAGCCUUUGCUAAGAAGUCACAGCUCAUUGUGCAUCAAAGAAUUCAUACUGGAAAGAAACCAUAUGAUUGCAGUGCAUGUGGGAAAGCCUUCAGUGAGAAGUUUCAUCUUAUCGUACAUCAGAGAACUCAUACUGGAGAGAAACCUUAUGAAUGUUCUGAAUGUGGAAAAGCCUUCUCUCAAAAAUCAUCCCUUAUUAUACAUCAGAGAGUUCACACUGGGGAAAAGCCAUAUGAAUGUAGUGACUGUGGGAAAGCCUUCUCCCAGAAAUCACCCCUCAUUAUACAUCAGAGAAUUCACACUGGGGAGAAACCUUAUGAAUGUAGAGAGUGUGGGAAGGCCUUCUCCCAGAAGUCACAGCUGAUCAUACAUCACAGAGCUCAUACUGGAGAGAAGCCAUAUGAGUGCAAUGAAUGUGGGAAAGCCUUCUGUGAGAAGUCCCACCUCAUUAUACAUAAAAGAAUUCACACUGGAGAGAAACCUUACAAAUGUACUCAAUGUGAAGAAGCUUUCAGUAGGAAGACAGAACUCAUUACACAUCAGUUAAUUCAUACUGGAGAGAAACCUUAUGAAUGUACUGAAUGUGGGAAGACCUUCUCCCGGAAGUCACAGCUCAUCAUACAUCAGAGAACGCAUACUGGAGAGAAACCCUACAAAUGCAGUGAAUGUGGAAAAGCCUUCUGUCAGAAAUCACAUCUCAUUGGACAUCAGAGAAUUCACACAGGAGAAAAACCUUACAUAUGUGCUGAAUGUGGAAAGGCCUUCUCCCAGAAGUCCCACCUCCCAGGACAUCAGCGAAUUCAUACAGGAGAAAAACCUUACAUAUGUGCUGAAUGUGGAAAGGCCUUUUCCCAGAAGUCAGAUCUUGUUUUACAUCAGAGAAUUCAUACUGGGGAAAGACCCUAUCAAUGUGCUAUAUGUGGAAAAGCUUUCAUUCAGAAGUCACAACUCACUGUACACCAGAGAAUUCAUAACAGUGGUAAAAUCAUAAUGAACUGAACACAGAAAAGCCUUCAAAAUUAGCUCAAGCCUCAAUAAAUAUUAGAAACCAUAUUAAUUAGUUUGUGGACGACAUCUUCAUAGGUAAAACUUUACCGGAAAUUCAUUUCUGUUCAGUGAUACCUAACUGUAAGUAAAGAUGAUGGAAAAUAAAUGGGCAUUUCAACAUGGCCUAUAAAGCUUUUAAAGUUAUGAACUGAAUGGCCAGUAGGACAAAUAAUAUAUAUAAAAUAUUGUCAAGUUACAUAUUUAUCAUGCCACAUAACAAUAACCAAUUGUGAAAUUGGUAAUAUUAGCUUGGCAUAAUUUUGUCCAUAGAGUAAUUCACUAUAAAUGACAUGAAGAAAGCUUGAGUUAAAAAAAAUUCCUAGAAACUACAUGAGAAGGGGCUUAACAUGACCCCUAAAGAUAUAUGUAAAAUUUUGAUACAAAGAUGGAAAGAUAGGUUGAUCAUAUUCAAUAAAGUUGACAUUUAUGUGUUUCCCCAUCUCAAGUAUGUACAUUGAUUGUAAAGUAUAUCUCUGGAAGGAUCCUGGACUUUAGAUUUGAUGUUUCUUGAGCAGGUCUCCCUUUACUGUCCCUCACUGAGAAUUUGGUAUGGUGGAAAGAGGUUGGUACUGAAUCAGAUGGUCUUGGGUUUUAAUUCUGGCUCAACUACUCACAGAUUGUGUGACUUAGGGCAAUAUUGCUUCCACUGUCUGAAUAUUUUUCUUAUUGGUAAAAAAAAAAGUGCAAUGAAUAUGGGUUGAUGUUAGUUCUUUUUCUUCUGUGACUUCUCAGUGUUCAUUAUAUAUUAACAAGUUCUCACUGGCAAGAAACCUUACAAAUGUGCUCUAGGUGAGAAAGUCUUCAGCAAGAAGACAACUCAUUAGUUAAUACGUGAGUUAAUAUUAGUUAAUGUUCUUUUUAUCUUUCCUAUCCUCCUGAAAUAGGGUGUUAAGACUGAUGUGUAAAAGCUACAUCUGAACUUGCUUUGCACUCCAUAUACACUUGAUAUCCCAUUCCUAUGACUGGUUGAUUUCACUGUCUGACCCUGGUUGCCUUGAUUCUUGGUGGUGCCAAAAAUUACCAGCAGACACUGGUUCUGGAUUUUGUUGAGAUGAUCUAGAGGAAGCCUGAUCUAAUACUUCAAAAUGCUUUGGGAUUCAUUAUAUAAGAAAAUGCUUGAAGAAUUCCCAGAUAUGGCUGCCUGAAGAGGGUCACACCAUCCACAGUUAUACCUGCCAGAGGUAGGCUAAGCCAGUCAUUGAAGGGGCCAUAUGGUCAUAUAAUGGCAAAAUACGACCAUGAAUAUAUUCUAAGGCUCUUAUACAUGAAGUGGUAUAUUACUUGUAGAUAGGCUGAGAUAAGCAAAGGUAUAUAGUACAAAUGCUAAAAAUUCCACACACACACACACACACACACACACAAACAAUUGUGGCUAAAAUCCAAAAGAGGAUAAAAAGGAAUCACAAAAAAUAUUCAAUUAAUAUAUCAGAAAGCAGAAAAAGGAAUAAAAAAACACAUUGGACAAAUAGAAAAAAAAUUGAAAUGACAGACAAUCUAAUAAUAUAAUUUAUCACAUUAAAUAUAAGUGAUCUAAACAAUGAGGAAGCCAAUUAAAGGAAAAGAUCAUUGGACAAAAAAAAAA